GGGUAGGACAUGUGACAAAACUACAUUUAAAAAAAAUGAGUGAAUUCGAAAGUGAAAUUACUGGCGCUAUGUAUCAGAUGAAAGAAUUUUCUUGGGUAGAUUAUUUAGUUUUCGUGUUCAUGUUAGCUAUAAGUGCUUUCGUCGGCGUUUAUUGGGGAUUUUUCAAAAAACAGACGACACAAAAUGAUUACCUCCUUGGAGGUAGAAACAUGAAAGUGGUACCAGUUUCUAUGUCUUUGGUGGCUAGUUUUGUUUCAGGUAUCACGUUACUGGGAUCUCCAACUGAAGUUUACAUGUAUGGAACUCAAUACGCCUACAUAAUAGGUGGCAUUUUUCUCAUGUCAAUCGUAAUGACCCAAGUUUACUUACCAGUGUUUCAUGACCUUAAAAUCACUUCUAACUAUGAGUACUUAUCAAUGAGGUUUGAUAACAAAGUACGUCUGUUUGGAUCGAUUCUGUUCGCUAUUACGUUGAUAGGUUGGCUCCCGAUUGUAAUCUACGUACCAGCAUUAGCUUUUAAUCAAGUCACUGGUGUGGACGUUCACAUUAUAACGCCAAUUGUUUGCUUAGUUUGCAUAUUCUACACAAGUGCGGGUGGUCUUCAAGCUGUUGUAUGGACCGAUGUGAUUCAAAUUACAUCUAUGGUUGGUGCUAUGGCUUUAGUAGCUAUUAAAGGUACUAUUGAUGUUGGUGGAUUUGGCACAGUAUGGCAAAGAAAUAUGGAAAGUGGACGGAUCGAAGCACCCAAUUGGGAUUUUUUACCUACUGCGCGUCAUACUAUCUGGAAUUUGAUCUUCGGUGGCCUCAUAUAUUGGCUGCAAGCUAAUUCUGUCAAUCAGACCAUGGUGCAGCGCUACUUAGCUUUGCCAACAUUACGGGGAGCUAAAUGGGCAGUUGUUCUAUUUUGCAUUGGUAUAUCAACAAUUUACUGUUUCUGCUUGUAUUGCGGCUUGCUGAUAUACGCUCGUUUUUAUGACUGUGAUCCGCUCCAAACGAAGUUGGCAAAGGCGAAAGAUCAAUUACUCCCAUUACUAGUUAUGGAUGUCCUUGGGGAAAUCCCUGGACUACCAGGGGUUUUUAUCGCCGGGAUAUUUAGCGCAGCUCUCAGUUCCUUAUCGACAAGUUUAAAUUCGAUGUCAGCGGUUGUAUUGGAAGAUUUCUAUAAACCGUUUUUUAAGAGACAGUUAUCUGAGCGGCAGACGAAUUGGCUCUUAAAAAGUGUCGUCAUAUUUUUGGGAGUAUUAUGCUUAGGACUGGUUUUCAUUGUCGAAAAAAUGGGAACCAUUUUACAGCUCACUAUGACGCUUGAAGCAAUGACAAUGGGACCGCAGCUUGGUGUUUUCUCUAUGGGCAUUCUAAUGCCAUGGGUCGAUGCAAUGGCAGCUUUAAUAGGCGGUAUCACAGGAUUGGCGAUCAUGUCGUGGUGGUGUCUGUCAGCACAGUUCGCUAUCGCUAAGGGUCUUAUCGUCCAUCCUCACAAAUCCCUCACAACAGAGGGAUGCCAGUACAAUUAUACUGUUGUUGAGACAGUUACACAUGUGGAAGGACCAGAAGUGAGUCCAAUACUGCACGUAUCCUACAUGUGGUACACUUUCGUGGGAGCUGCGCUGACGAUAAUUGUCGGUGUCACCGUGUCUCAGAUAAACAGGUGUCGUGGUCGGGCCUACGUGCCCCCCGCGCCCAAACUACUAGCGCCUGUGAUACGGAAGCUCUAUCGCGAGCCACCGCAUCCAGCAGACGAGCCAUUUAUAAGGGCAUAUGGCUGUACAAAAAACGAAAAAAAAUCUGCAGCUAUAGAUAUGAAACCUAUCAAGGAGUGUGAAGAAUUGAGCUGAGGAGAAUGAAAUUUUGGACAUAAAUAAAGAUAUAUAUUUUAUAGAAAGUAACAUUGUUUAGUAAAUAAAAUUUAUAAAUGUUCAA